CGAAUGCACCUUGAAGGGAUCAAUUCCACAUCGAGAAACGGUUGUUGAUCGGCCAAGCUGGGGUUGAGUGAAAUCACGCGCGUACCAUACAGGCCAGCUGCAGUCUGAAUUCUUAAAAAGAUGGAGCCCGAGACGCAACAUCACCAUGUGUCUAUGAAGAGCCCUCGUUCCCUUGGAGUGGUCAUCAAACUCGGAACCAGUUCCAUUGUGGACGAAAAAACACAUGAGCCCCUUCUAUCCAAUCUCACCCUGAUAGUCGAGACAGCGGUCAAGCUACGUAAAGAUGGGCAUAAAGUCAUCAUUGUCUCAUCCGGCGCCAUCGGAGUUGGCCUCCAGAGAAUGGACGUUGAGAGGAGACCAAAACACAUUUCAAAGUUGCAGGCCUUGGCAGCUAUCGGACAGUGUCGCCUAAUGAGUCUGUGGGACAGUUUGUUCAACCAUCUCAGACAGCCCAUCGCCCAGAUCUUGCUCACCAGAAGCGAUAUUUCCGAUCGAUCACGAUAUCUCAAUGCGCAGAACACUAUUCAUGAGCUGCUCGAUAUGGGCGUGAUCCCCAUCGUCAACGAGAACGAUACGCUGGCCGUAUCUGAAAUCAAGUUUGGUGACAACGAUACUCUGUCAGCCAUCACCGCCGCCAUGGUCCACGCCGAUCUCCUCUUCCUCAUGACCGACGUCGACUGUCUCUAUGACAAGAACCCCAGAACCAACCCUGACGCCCAGCCAAUCGAGGUUGUGGAAGAUAUCGGUGCUCUUGUUGCCGAUGUCUCUCAAGCCGGCUCAUCGCUCGGCACAGGCGGCAUGUCCACCAAGAUCGUAGCCGCCCGCCUUGCCACUUCCGCCGGCGUCACCACCGUGAUCACUCGCUCUUCCAACCCUGGCAACAUUCACAAGAUCGUCAGACAUAUCCAAGGCAGCCGUUCCCCGGCCUCCCUUACCACGCAGGUCAACCACCCGUCCACAGCGUCUCUCGCCUCGCUCAACAACAAUUCCGACUCCGUCACUGGCACCUCCACCCCAGCCGUGGCCGUCAACCCAAGCUCCGAGCAGGUCCCAGCCGUCAUCAACCGCAGCCAGAUCCCGCUUCACACGCGCUUCCUGCCCUCGCCCUCGCCCGUCCGCGACCGCUACUUCUGGAUCCUGCACGGCCUGCGUCCGCAUGGAACUUUGUACAUCGACCAGGGCGCGUACAAGGCUCUCCUCGGCAAAGCUGGGCUGCUUCCCGUCGGCGUGGUGGACGUGGAGGGUUUCUUUGCUCAGCAAGAGGCUGUGCGCCUGUGCGUCGUUGACAAGCGCCGGUCUACGCCCGGUCCGGAUGGCAAGAUGUGGGAGGGUGAAGCGGUUGAGGUGGGCCGGUGCCUGACCAACUACGCGAGCGCCGAGAUUGCAAGGAUUAAGGGACAUCAGAGCGUGGAGAUUGGGCAGCUGUUGGGGUAUGCGGAUAGCGAGUAUGUGGCGCAGAGGGAGAGUGUGAGCUUUUACAAUGCGGUGAGUAGGCCGGCUAGUCCUGUUGGCGGACAUCGGGCUUGAAGGUAUGGCAUGGUAGAACAGGUGCGGUUAUACGAAAAACAUGGACGGGGCUUGUACCUUGAAAUUACAUGUUGCAAACGACGUAAACAGAUACAACUUGAGUGUUGCGUAAGUCGGGAUCUGGACGAACAAUGGCUUCCACAGGUAUAAAAACAACGAGGUUGAGAGGUUCCGAUCACAAUUCCUAAUAAAGAAUAUAGGUAUGUCUUGGCCC